UAUGCUUCGAUCGGCCGCAACCAUAGACCUAUAUAAUCUGUAAGUUAGUUUAUAGGUCUAUGACUGAAACAGUAGAUAGGUACCUAAACCAUUUAUAAUUAAACAUUAAAGUGUCGGCCGACCAAAUAACUUAAAGCUUGGUUUUACUUCUAUACCUUAAAAAUUAUUUUAUAGAAAUCAUUAAAUUAUUCAGAACCGACGAAUUUGUUUAAAAUCUAAAAUAAAAUUGUUCAUUUGUUCGUAUGCUGUGGAAAUUGCGCAAAGCUACACCCCUCUAUAUCACUUUCCGACGAAUCACGCACGCACGUUUACAAAACAAAAUGCACCCGGUAAAAAUAAAACAAAUAAAUAAAACUCAUAUGAACAAGCCGUAUCUCAUUGUAAAAGGAAGGGUUAAGCUUAUCAACAUACUACCUAAUAAAAAUUCAAGCGGAUCUCAUCUCAAUGCAAUAAUUUUUGAUAACACUUCGGAGAUAGAAGUUGUAGCUUUUAAAAACUGCGAAAAUAUUGCUAAGCUACUACCAAAGGACAGAGUUGUAACAAUUGAAAAUGGUAUGUUAAGAGAAGUUGAUAUAGAUUAUAAAAAAACCAAGCACAAGUAUCAAAUAAUAUUGGGGAAUAUUUCAAUAAUAAACAUCAUAAAUAAUGACAAGGUAAACAUUGGUGACUUUCCACUCCAUAAAUACACUUCAGGCGCAGAUUUAAAAACUCUUAUAACAGGAAUGAUAAUUGAUGUCAUUGGUGUCUGUACCCAAAUCGAUAGUGAAAUGACGUUUAAUAGUCGACAGCAGAUAAUGAGAUGGGGAAAGAUUUUGGUUGAUUCUAUACAAAUUGAAGUUAGGUUUUGUGAUGACAAAGUUGAUGGACUCUACAGUGUAGGUAGCACAUUGAUCUUGAAUAGUGUCAAAUAUGUUAAUUAUAAUGGAUUGAUGUAUUUAUCUAUUGGGGAUUCAAGUUCUGUCCAAUUUAAUACACAACAGUUAUCAAAAGGUAUGGAUAUAAAACAGUUACAACAAUUGGAAACAGUUAAGACAUUUUGCCAAGAUUCAAUAAUUGAAUUUCCAGAACAAAGACUUUCGACAUCAAGUGUUACUCGAUCUUACAGAAAUUUGAUUGAUGAAUCAAUUGACGAAAGACCUUCGACUUCAGGCUCAACCCCAUCCAACAAGAGAAAAACUCAUGAUUUCAAAGUUCAAGAAGUUACCCCGAAAAUUCAAAAAAAAACCGAAUCUGAUGAGACAUUUUCUGACGAGAGAUUUGUUAAUUUGGUAAUGAAUUUCAUGCAGACAGUGAACAAUAACAAACAUGCUGUACAAUUGCGCAUUUUAGAAUUUAUCUCAAACAUGCUCAAAGAAGAUUUUAAAUGAUAUCUUUAACAAUAGCUUAUGAAAUAAACAUUUGUAAUUUUAUCUU